AUGGACUCUGCGGGCAAAAUCGGUUCCGGAAUCGCUCGUGGACAUCUUCUGAGCGCCGGCGCUUUCACCGAAUGCAAAUCUGUCAAAGUCUACUCGACGACACUGAAUCGAACUAUUCGAGGCGAUUAUUUCAGGUAAAUCAGGUAUUCUUUGCGGUGCUUCUUCUUUUAAAUAUCUAAAUAUCGUCACAAAAGCCCUAAAGCCUGUAAAACGAUGAUCUCCAGAAUCCUGUUCGACAUCAAAAUGCGUCCGAACAGCUUCAACGACUCGUGUCUCGUUCCUCAAAUCGGCGUCGACAUUUGUCUACCGUACACCUGCAGAAAUGAGGAUUUGACCGAUUAUUUCCGAUCAGGUUUCACAAAUAUUUCAGGGAAACUUACAAUAUUCUACACUUUAUUCAGCAUUGGGAGUUUCGAGUGCACUUUCGCCGGUUUGUAGUGUCAGAAAUGUGAACGAAAGAGUGCCGAAAACAUCGAUUUGGACGUAUGUUGUCAUGUAAGUCUGGGUUCUUUUGAAAUCUCACAAUAUCCGUUUUUUUCUGGACAGAACCGUCCUGAUACUCAUCGUCACAACUGCCAUAAUCUCUGGAACCGUCGACUAUUACUAUCAGAACCGGAGAUCGAACAUUGAUUUUGAACGUAUGGAAUGUUCUUCGAAACUCGGAUGGAAAAUGUUCAUGUCUUUUUCGUUUUAUCGAAAUAUCAAAGAGAUUUUCAACAUGAAACAAUUGAAUAAGGUCCGGGAGGAACAAUUGCUAUUAUCCAUCCACUCAACGUUUUGUUUCAGGAAGGCCAAGUGACAUCUCUUCAAUGCAUUCGCACAAUUUCCACAGUUUGGGUCAUUCUGGGACAUUGUGCCGCUCUCAUGGCCAUCGUUUGCAGUAAGUUUGACAAUAGGUCGGAAAGAAAAUGUGCUAGUCGAAAAGGUAACCCGGCGGACCUACUGGACUACACGAAGACGUACGUGGGUACUAUAAUGGCGAAUGCGUACUUUGCCGUCGACACGUUCUUCUUCAUUUCCGCCUUCCUCCUCGCGUUUCUCUGGUUCAAACAGUUCGAGAAGAAUCGGCGCGCGGCGAUGAGCGUCGGCGGAUGGACAAUGUUCUACGUGCAUCGGAUCGCAAGACUCACGCCCGUCUACUACAUUACCAUCCUCUUUUUCACUUUUGUCUACACGCGUGUCCUUACCGACAUGCCGAUUUUCAUGUCGCCAGCGGUUCAGGCGGACACGUGUCAGCAGAAUUAUUGGAUCAACUUGUUGUACAUUGACAACUUUGUCGAUCCCGCGAAAAUUGUGAGUUAGUUUCAGGUGAAGGGUGAAGAAAAUUGAGCGUUAGUUCUACUUUUUUUUUUGAAGUCGCGUUCUUCUGAGAGAAUUCGCAAUUUUCGAAUCCUUCAAUUGACCCUCGACUACAAAGAAGAACAAAAUAACUCUUGAAUAUAGCAUGAUUCCGAAAAGGGGAACAGGGGUACAGACCAGAGUUGAGCGGAAGAACUCAACGGAAGAAUUUAUAUCUUUUUUAGAAAAUUUUUUCAUGGAAUGUGAUCAACUGACGAAAUGUAUAGAAAAGUGAACUCUGCUCAUAGAAAAAUAAUUGUAAAUUUAGCUUUUCAUACAAAAAAGUUAUACGAGUUGUUGCGUGAAAAAAGGGCCAACGCAACAACUCGAAUAACUUUUUUGUAUGAAAAGCUAAAUUUACAAUUAUUUUUCUAUGAGCACAGUUCACUUUUCUAUACAUUUCGUCAGUUGAUCACAUUCCAUGAAAAAAUUUUCUAAAAAAGAUAAAAAAAUUCUUCCGUGUUCUCUGGUCCAGACCGAGUUUUGCAGUGCUACGUCAUCUCGUGGUACCUGGCCACCGAUCUCCAAUUGUACAUUAUGAGUCCAGUGAUUCUCGUCGCGUUUGGUGUCGGCGGAAAAUUGAUCGGUUUUCUGAUCGCAAUGAUCGCGUUCUCCGCGUCGACGGCCUUCAACGCUUUUCAAAUGUUCGCCUGGCAUUUUCCGCCGACGCAAUACGCAUUCGGACCCAAGGACCCGAGAUUCGACCCGAAAAUCAGGUAUUUGUUGGAUAUAAAGCAGUUUAUCGAAGAACUACAUAUGUAUUUCAGACGGUACGAUCUGUGGAACUAUUAUAAUCCACUGAUUCGAUGUCAAAUUUAUAUUAUGGGAUUAGUGCUUGGGUAUUAUAUGCGCAGGACGCCCAAAAUGAUCAUCAAACCGGUGAGACUCUUUUAUAAAUACUCAUUAUCGGUAAGUCUAUCCAAAUAUUAUCGAUUUCCAUGUUCAGUGGGUCGAUCGGAUAUUAUGGGUCAUCUCCCUGGCAUCCAUGCUUUUCGUGGUUUUUAUAAUUCAAAAUUACACUUCCGGAAGCCUUUGGACUCCUUUUCAAAACGCCAUGUACAGGUAAUUUUUCGAAUAGGUCAAAAAAUUAAAAAAAAAAAAAGAAAGUUUGCAGUUGCUUCAGUCGAAUCGUUUGGGGACUUUCGUUGAGUUGGAUAAUAGUCUCCACGUAUUACCGAAAGGGACUCAUUAACGAUUUUAUGAGCCUGCCGUUCUGGACCCCACUGGCUCGUCUCUCGUUUUGCGCGUAUUUGGUCCAUAUUAUGGUCGCCGGCUAUUUUUUCGGCAAAAACUAUUCGGAACUCUACUUCGCCAAUCUUUCCUACUUUGUAAGUGUCUUUGUACGGUUGCCAAAUGUCCUAUGCUUCCCACAGUUUUUUUGAAUGAAAAGUUCACAUCUAGUACUGCAUUUUUGUAGUUGACCAUUUUUCUGUACAAUCAUCUAAUGGAUUACUGUAGCUCGUGGAAGUUGAGGUCCACAAUAGCUACUGGAUUUGAGUGCCAACUUCUAAGAGCUGCAGUAAUCCAGGGAAUGGUCAUAGAGAAAAACGGUCAACUACAAAAAUACAGUACUAGAUGUGAACUUUACAGAAAAACAAUUUUGGAAACUCUGGGACACUUGGCAACCGUACAAUACUCGUUCAAAGUUUUUUGCUUCAUUUUCAACCAAAACUGAUAUUAUAAGUCCGAAAUUUUCAGUUCCUCGACACUGUAAUCCCAGUCACAUGCCUUUCCUUCCUGUUGGCCAUUUUCUGGUCCUCCAUGUUCGAGAUUCCGUUCGCCAAAAUCGAAGCGCUCAUUUUCGGAGGCGCCGGACGGAAAUCCACUGCUCCGCCGCCCAAAACUACUGUAAUCCAGAGUGAGGAGCCGCAAAAUGUGCUCAAAAUUCCCAUUAAUUUUCCCGAGAAUGAACGAAUCCGAUUUUAA